GUGUUCACAGAGAAAAACUCCUGCUGAAGUGACUGAUCUCCACACUGUUAUAAAGAUGGCGUUUAUUAAAGAGGAAAGUAAGGAUGUGAAGAUUGAAGAAACAUUCACAGUAAAACAUGAAGAUCUGCAGGAACAAACAGACCUGAUGGUGCUGAAAGAAGAGACUCACCAAUGGAAUGAAAUGGAAGAGAAACAGUUUGAGAAACACCAAGAAAUAAAAACUGAUGAAAAACACACACUGACCGAAAAGACUUCAUCAUGCGAAAGACCUCGGAAAUCCAAAUGUCGUCAGUGUGGAAAAUGUUUCAGUCGAAAACACAACCUUCAAGUCCACAUGAGAAUUCACACUGGGGAGAAGCCUUACCCUUGCCCUCAGUGUGGAAAGAGUUUUAAGCAAAAUGGCUACCUUAAAGUCCACAUGAGAACUCACACUGGAGAGAGGCGCUACACAUGCCAACAGUGUGGACAACGCUUCUAUACUACAGGAAACUUUGCACAGCACAUGAGAAUUCACACUGGAGGGAGGCUGUACACAUGCCUACAGUGUGGAAAAAGCCUCUAUCAGUCAGCAAACUUGGCAGCGCACAUGAGAAUUCACACUGGGGAGAAGCCUUACUCUUGCAAUCAGUGUGGAAAGAGUUUUAAGCAAAAUAGCACCCUUGAAGACCACAUAAGAACUCACACUGGAGGCAUAAUUUUUACUUGCACACAGUGUGGGAAAGGUUUUGCUCAAAAGCAAGACCUUGAGAUCCACAUAAUGAUUCACAAUGGAGAGAAACCUUACUUUUGCACAGAGUGUGGUAAAAGUUUCAGAUGUAAAACUUCACUCAAACACCACAUGAUAAGUCACACCGGAGAGAAGCCGUUUACAUGUGCUCAGUGUGGAAAGAGCUUCACAACCAAAGCUAGCCUCAAGAACCACAUGAAUGGUCACAUUGGAACCAUAGUGUUCACAUGUGAUCAGUGUGGAAAGACUUUCACACGCAAAGACACCAUUAGGAAACACAUGAAAAUUCACUCACGAGAGGAUCGUUUUAGAUGCAGUGAAUGUGGAAAGGGCUUUAAAUGUAAAAGAAGCCUCAACACUCACAUGAAACUUCACAAUGGGGAGUAGAGUCCUCAAAAUUGAGGCUUUGCCCAGCGGAGCUUAGGGCACUUGAAAACAUAUCAAGUUACUGGAAAUGAAACCAGGGGCGUUGCGAGGGGGGGGCUUUGGGGGCUUAAGCCCCUGAUGUAUUGUCAAAAGCCCCUGAUCUUUUGGAAUAUGUUGCACUUAAAUAAAAAUAGGUUGUAUAACAUUUAUUUUGUUAACAAAGUUCUGACAAUUAACACGUGUAUAUCACGCGUAUUCUACCUAAAGCAGCGUUUGUGUCGGGUAUUUAAAAAGUAAUUUAUUCAGCAGUACCUGUUUCUACCGGCAGGUGGGAGUGGCUCUGUUGUCACAUGGUUUAAAAAUAUUCCGCCACUGCACAUCAUUUAUUAUUUUGAGCAGCUGAAGCUGAUGAGGUAAUAAUACAACUGUUUCGCAAAACUGAAUAGUUCUAGCUAAGUUACAGAUGAAGCUUAAUAUUUGUUUUUACAGCAGAAAAUGUGUGUAGUUUUGGUGAAAUAACAUAACUGUAGGUAAUCAAUAUAAUGUGCUGCACAUUAAUGUAAAUACAUGCAAAUUAGUAAGAAAAAUGUAAAUUGU